GGCCAGACAGUAUUACGCGCUGUUGCGCGAUUUUUACGUGCGCACAUAAGCGAAACAUCGACCGAGCGACCCGUGCGGACGUCUGCAAGCAGUGAAACAUUGCUGAGAGCAUCAUUGGACGGAACGCACCGGCAAGACAGCGAGUCAAGCGAUUAUCGCGCUGAUCUGCUGACAGUUGCGGCUCUGAUGAGCUGACCAUUUCUCUUUGCGCGGCCCAGCGGGAAUUCACAAGGGUGGGUUGAAGGGCUGAACACCAAGAUCAGAAGUUGUUGUGGAUUGCACGCUGGUGGGCCAUCGAAUUGAAGACCGUGGUGUGUAUGCGUGUGUGGAUGGGUGCAGAUCGGUGUGCGGAACGGUUCAAAAGUUCCCUUGCAGUUGGGAUAUUAGCGAUUCCGUUCGCAGCUUGUAAGCAACCGCAGGUUCAGUUUCAGUUUCUAUCGCAGUGUGUGUGACCAGCGGCAGCUGCAUCAGAAAUCCAUAUCCGGAAUUUGAACGACAACAGUGCUUGCUGAUUGAUUGCUAAUUCGAAGAGGAAAGCUUUCUGAUUCCCACAUGGAUAUCGCUACUGUCGAGUAGGCAAUGACGUCUUCCGCUUUCCUCAUCCCCAGAGAUUCGAUUGCUUGCUCCUCGUCCACUCAGCCAGGCCCUUCCGUUGGAUCGUCGAUGUUUACAUUUGACGGGCCUGACAUGGAGUCCCCGCCAAACUCCGACAGUAGUUCCGGCUGCAAUCCCGAAGAGUUGGCAGCCGCCGCCUGCGACAACCUUGCGGCCAGCGAGGAGGCAAGCAGUGCGCCGGACACGGAGGCGGGAACGAGCGUACCGGCAGGCAGUGAGUCAUCCGAGCCGGCAUCAACGAAGGCCACGACAGCACCACCAACAGCCAGCACCAACAAAUCAAAACAAAAAGGAAAAUCCUUCAGCAGAGCCAGCACAUCCAAGUCUGAAGCAAUCAACCUUACCUUGCAAUGGCUGAGCGAUAACUACGAGCAAAUUGAGGGCAUGUGCUUGCCCCGCAGUGUUCUCUAUACUCACUAUCUAGACUUCUGCAAGAGCUCUGGAUUGACGCCUGUCAGUGCUGCCAGCUUUGGAAAGGUUAUUCGUCAGAAGUUCCCAAAUUUGACAACACGGAGACUGGGCACGAGAGGCCAAUCAAAGUAUCAUUACUAUGGGAUAGGUAUCAAGGAAACAUCUCCCUAUUACAACACGGUGUAUUCUCGCAAAGGCCUGACACGCUUCUCUGCUACCUCUGGUAACACAACGCGGAGGGAGUAUGGAAACUCACUCUACUCCCCAUCGUCCAAGAGCGGAACCCUUCUUCCCGAAUUUCCCAGCAUCAAGACUGUGCAGUUUAGUAGCAGCGUGGUAGCGGCCAAGGUCGAGACGUUCCUGGUUAUGUACCGGACGCACUGCCAGCGGAUACUCGACACGGUGGUGCGAGCGUACUUCCUGGAGGUUCAGGAUUUUCUGAUGCACUUCUGGCGGGGCAUGCCAGCGCACCUGGUCUCUCUGAUGGCAUCGCCAGCCAUCGUUGAGCUGGUGGCUAUGUGUGACAUCAUCACAUACCAGGCAGUGAUGGAAGUACUAAUCCCGUCCAAUCUUCAGCCGUUGCCUGAAAGCUUGAGCCAGGACAUUCGUGAGUUUUCGCGCCAGCUACCGUGUUGGCUGGGCCAAGCAAUGGCAGAGCUCCCGGAAGGACUUCAAGGCCGUAAACUGGAGGUUUCCAGGAAUUUCUGCAGAAUGCUACGUCGGCAAACAUCCCUGGUUCACCUUGCACAGGUAAGCUACACCAUACUCAAACGUUCUGUUUGUACUAGCAGAGUGUUAUGGGUAAAGUCAGAUUUCACAACAUUGGCUUUAUAA